AUGAUGAAUACUCUGUUUUUACCAGCUGUUUAUCUUGGAGGAUGUAUUGCCGCUAUGAGUGCAUUUUCCUUUGUUUACAGAAGAGCCACCAUGUUCAAAUCCAUGGAAGCUUGGUUCCCCAUUAACACACAAAAAGAAGAAUAUAUUGCCCUUUUAAACUGCGAGCCUGCAGUUCCUGAAUAUCACUUACGUGCUGCUCUUUUACGUCGAGCUAUGGAAGCUGUUCGUCGCCUCGUUCAAAUACAACAAGAAAAACCCGCUUUACAACAAUUGAUGAAAACAGGUAGUAUUGGAGAUGAUCUCUGGCACGAAUUUCAAGCAGCUGAACAAGAAAUAACAGCGGAAUUGCAAGAAAUCUCAAUGGAAGCUAACACUUUCAAAGAGGGUUGGUCUCAGACUAUUUUCAGUACAGCCGCACAGAUGUUGGAACAUGAAAAGCAAAAGAAGCUACAAGUUGAAAUGAAGGCUAUGUUAGAAAAAGAAACAUUACGUAAGAAGAAAGAAGAGGAAAGAGAAGCUACUGAAGCCAAGAUGAACGAGGCUAAGCGUGAAAAGGAAGCCAAAAAAGCGGAAGAAGAGUUGCUAAGAAUGGAAGAAGAAGAAAAGAAGGCAGCAGCAGCAGCAGCAGCAUCGAAAAAGAAAUAG